CAAAUAAUUUGAGCAUGUUCAGUUUACACAUGUUACGAUGGGUAGAGUUGUAACUAGAAGUCAAGAAAAGGCUGGCUCUAAUAGUCAGGAAAUAGCCAGCAGAGGAGUAAAGACUAACUCUGAGCAAACUUUGUCUAGCACCCAGAACGGUAGAAUUUCUAAGAAGAAGAAGAAACGCUCCAUGUCGAAAAGAGAUAGCACGGGGUCCAAUCUAGACGUGUCAGUUCUGUCGCUGGACGACACCGAAACAUUUUCUCAAGAAGCUAGUACCAGCAAACAGGCCUCUUCAUCCUUCGAGUUUUCACCAACUGAGCCGACAACUUGUGCUGAUAUCAAUUCUCAACCUCUGUCCCCUAAAUCUGAUAAGCCGGAGUGUUCGAUAUGUUUGCAAACAGCACUACAACCUGUCAAGCUACCCUGUAAUCAUAUCUUCUGCUUCCUCUGCAUCAAGGGAGCGGUGCACAACGGUACAAACUCAUGUGCAUUAUGCAGAGCACCUCUACCGAGGAACUAUAUAUUACACCCGGAGGUAAUCAAUGAAUCUUCAAGUUCUGAAGAUAAUUCUCUUGAGGAGGUUGCCGAUGAUAAGUGGUAUUACGAAGGUAGAAAUGGAGGGUGGUGGGAGUUUGAUGUCAGAACUGCUCAGCAAAUAGAAGACAAAUAUAACGAGCCAGCAAGUGACGAACCCAAAAUAUUAGAACUUAUGAUCGCAGGAUUCAUCUUCAUCAUCGACCUUGAUGCUAUGUGCCAGAGAAGAAAAGAUAACCCGCACAUCCAGCGCCGACUCAAGAGAGAUAAGCAGAUAGCAGAUAAAAAGGGCGUGGCAGGAAUUGUGAAACCAAGACGGCAUAACAACAGCAGAUCACGUGGCGGCACCCCUGUCUGAAAGUAAAAUUUAUAAACAACUUUUAUCAACCUCGCUGUUUAGUGUAGUUUCAGAACUGCUGAUCCAGACAUUUCGUUAUUAAUUUAUUUCUGUAUAUUACAACUAAUUUGACUGGAAGCCUUUUUAUCACGAUUUUACCCAAAAUUAAAUAUCUUUUAAACCUAAUAAGUUAUUAGUAAUAACUCUAUCAUUUUGUAUGCUUUCAUUCAUUUUAGUUUUUACGUCAUUGUAGUUAAUAAUUAUUCAUGGUGAAAUUUGGUUUGUAAAAUUGUUUAUUUUUGUAUUAGUUUACCCUGACUCGUCCACGCAAAGCAGAAUGUAAAUAUAGAUUAUUUUAAAUUCGGUGAUUGACGUCGACUAGUUUUAUAUUGCAACAGCAUCGAGAGAUUCGGAACUCCUUAUCGUAUUGGUGUGUAUAGUAUGGUGUUUUUAGUUUUUAAUUAAUCGGAUUGUAGAAGUUAAAAUAACGCUAUUUACUGGUAGUGGUAUUUUUGUUAGAUUUAUUUAUUUAGGAUUUAUCUAAUUUUGGAAGCUAGAAUUACGCUAUCAAGUUCCUUAUCGGUUUUGAGAUGCACAGUUUUUGUCAUUAUUAGAUUUCCCAAAAAAUUUACAAAUUAUCACAAACAUUACGUAUGGUGUGUUACUUCAACUUUUUUGAAAAUUACAUCGGAAAUCUUUCUUUUAAUUUUGGACUGUACCGCUCAUUAACAGCAUCCAUGCUAAUCGUAUAACUAGAAUGUAAUGAAAUUUUAACACUUUUGUAUUCACUCUCCACUAACAUUUUAGAUGAUGGCCGCUGCCGAAGAUCACUCAAAUGAACUUUCUGAAAAAAAUCCUGUCAAAGCUCCAGUUCUCUCAGAAGAUAAAACUACAGAAUCUAAAACUGGUGAUGACAACUGCCCAUCCUUUAACCCUGUAACCUCGCCUUCAGAGCAUGUUGUUGAUGAACCUACUGUUCCUCCUACAGACACAAUCUCUAAAGAAGACUCCAGUACCCUUCCUCAGAAAGAUAAAUCUCACAACAAUGACACUGAAAUUUCUGCCACUAAUUUAACUACGGAUAUUACAGAAAAAUGUAAAGAUUCCCUGUUCGAUGAAAGUGAACUAUCAGAAACAAACGUUGUGCUGAACAGCCCAGCUUCAGAUUCAAAAUUAAGUGUUAAUUUUAAUAGUGAUAGGGAUGAACUGUUAGGCUUCUUAGAGCCAGAUGAGAUGACAAUCAGUAAUACUGAUAGAGAGUCAAUCUCUCAUAAGAAUAGUUUCUCUGAUGAAACUGAAAUAGUAGCGGGACGUGAAGAUAAGGGUCCCGAUUAUCCCAUGGCAUUUACAGAAGAGAAUGAAAAUGAAGAUAUUUUAGAUGAACCCAGAUUUUCACCGAGACUUCUCAGGCCUGUUAUUAACUGCGUUCCUCAAUCCUUACCAGAACAUGUCGCGAAGCAUUUUAAAACUGAUGGAACUCAUGAUACCCGGAAACGAAAGCUUAGUAAAAAAACUUAUUCUAGUAAACAAAGAAAAAUCAGUGAUUCUAGUAAACCAGAUAUAACGAGCGCUGAAACCCCAUAUCUGAUCACUGACGAUACACCAGUCGGAACGGAAUCCUCUAUGGUAGAUAAAUCAACAGAACUAGACAAAUCUGAUAAAUUUUACGAUAUUAAACGGAUAUUGAUUCAAGCAACGCGUGAAUCAUCUGGGGUUAAUCUCAAACGUUAUAGACUAUUUUCUAACAUAUUCCUUAAAAACUGGCGGUAUUCAAAACAGUUUUCAAGUAAUACAAACGCUCGUGGGAAGCAAGUUAUUGAUAACAAUCUGAAAAAGAUAGUGAAAGAUUUGUAUGAACAUCAUCUAAUCAAGGUGAAAGGACCGGUACAUAACGUGGAUGUUAUCAAAAUGCUGACAGAAGAAGUGAUGCAGGAUAACUCUAGAAUGUUCAGCCAAACACCACCCUCGCUAACAGUUCUAAUAACCUCUGAACUGUUUGACAGGCACUUCACAGGUGGUGUGAGAGAACCUCUCCCAGUAAACGGACAGAGUGUCUCAAAGCGUGGUGGAGUCAGACCAUUGAACCUGGGGUCUUCAACCAACCAGUGGCUCAAACUAAAGGAUGAACUGGGGAUGGAAACGAACUCAGAGGUUGCGUCUAUCCUGAUCCACUGUUACAAAGCGUGGAUCAGUGUGGCGUGCAGCAAGUGCAGGAGACAUAUGGAGGUUGGGAUGGAACAGAAAAGUGGGAGGAGUAUAGCCAACUCAGAGACAUCUGUGUGUAUCGUGUCAUGUGACUGUGGCAAGAGCACCAGUGGUGGGUUUAUGAUAGAGUGUGACGUAUGUCACAAGUGGCAGCACGGGUUCUGUGUCAAUGUGGAUAAAGAUAAUAUUCCUGAUAGUUACUCCUGUAGUUGGUGCCGUAAAAUAAGGGGGAAAGUGGAGUUGUCUGAAAAGAACAACGGUGAUGAUUCGGACGACAGUGUUGUCAGUAUUGAUAACACGAAUUUGUGUUCUACAGAUGACAGUGAGCCAGAGGUCAUAGAGC